CUCUUUAUGAAAUAAUUAACAUGACGGCAGAUACGAUGACUACUAUUUUAUUCAUAACAAGUUAUAUAUUAAUCAUUCUUUUGUUUUAUUUAGAACAUCGAUAUGAAUCUUUACGUACAACAACUACAUUACAAUUAUCGGGUGAUGAUAGAGGCACAACUCGACUUUUGUUUAUUAUGAGCAUUUUAUCACUUGUUAUUAUUGCUCCUUUAUCUACUUUUUUAUUCAAUAGUAGUAGUGAUAGUAGUAGUAAUUCAGUAGCCAUGAGUUGGAUCGGUUUUGUUUUCAUGUUAAUAAGCAUAAUUUUAUUAAGAUGGACAACAUUUGUUAAUCCUUUUUAUUUACGUACAAUGGCAACUACAGAUGAUCAUUUUAUAUGUACAGACGGACCUUAUCGAAUGAUUCGACAUCCUGGUUAUUUAGCAUUUUUAUUGGCUUGGAUAGGUUUUGGUUUAUUAACAAUUCAUUGGAUUUCAUUUAUUAUCAUUUCUCUAAUCAUGACCUAUGCUUAUUUACGUCGUAUUCAAGCUGAAGAACAAAUGAUGUUGGACCGUUUUGGAGUUGAUUAUCAACACUACAUGAAUGAAUCAUAUAGGCUAUUACCAUUUGUUUAUUAAAAAUAAAAAAAAAGAAGCAUAGAAUAAUGUGAACUGUUAUUAUUAUUUAUUAUCUAUGACUGAUUAUGUAAUUAGAUGUAUCUUUUUUUUUUUUUUCCUUCUCUCAAGGGUAUCCCUUAUCAUUCCUGUUAACAUUAAGGAUAAAUUUUGCAACACUCUGAAAUAAAUCAUGAAUUGAUUGAUACAAAGACAUAACUUAACAAAACAAAAAAAUAGAUGGAAAAAGAUGUCUACUAAAGCUUAUAUAUUCGAUAAACACAAUAAUAGAGUAAUAGUAGUAGUAGUAGCAGUAGCAGUAGCAGCAUGGAUAUCUU